AACACUUGAUAACGGGACGCUAUGACGUCAUCACCACUGGAAUAAAAUAAAGAUAAUGAAUAAAACUGAAGUCGGUCGAAUAUAUUGGCCGUGUCAGAGGAGGCCAUUUUCUUUUUGUGUGCAGGUGACGCAAGUGGAGUCCCAGAUUAUUAUCUUAAUUACUGUAUUGUGUCAAGAAGAAUAAAACGUACACAGUCGAGUAAUGUAUCACUUGGGAGUUCAAACUACUGAAACAGUGCAAGAGAGCACAGAUGAUGCAGCGGUUUACAGCAGCAGCCGCAACACUACCAAGACAGAUCUCUCUUUGCUGCUGGAAUGUCUAAAGUUCCAGAUGAACUGUCCAGACCUACAAAAACAAGCCCUUGUCACCAUCAACUCCAUAUGUGAGAAAAAAGAUCACAAUGUGGACCUGCUGAGAGAAAUGGGAGGUGUGAUGUUUGUGUACAGUCUCUUCAAAUCCAACGUUGUUCAUCCAAGUGUGAGGCAGACUGCGCUCUUCACACUCGGCACUUUAGCGGAGGCCAAUGUGUACUGCAAGAAUAACCUAUGUCAAAGGGAGAUAUUUCUUGACCUCUGUGGCUACAUGAAGGAAGAAGAUGCCUCGCUUAAACAGAAAAGCGUCUCUGUCUAUUUACUGUCUGUGUUGGUAGCCAACAACAAGGCAGGGCAGACUUUAGCCCAAACCACUGGCUGCAUAGAAUUUCUGCUGAACCUCUUCAAGAACAUGUUCCCUGAAUCUACCACGGACUCUGCUCAUAUCUGUCUAUGGGUAUCAGUGUCCAGUGCGCUUUGUGGGUGUGUCAACAACCCUCAGAAUGAGGAGGCUCAGUGGGUCUGUGUGUCAUCCUUUCCCAAAAUAAAAAUGUGGCUUCAGCAGAUUUCUUUGCCUUGCUUUGAGGUGUUUCGAUACCUUUGCUCCUUCAUUGCGAUGACUGUUGCCAACAAUGAACGUGUUCAAAGGAGCUUUGCCGCCACCGGGGUGUUAGAGACCCUUGUUCACAUGCUGAUCCGUCUGGCGUCUGAAUCUGACACAAGCACGUUGUCUUGCCAGCUUUUAAUCAUAAUAAUCAAAACAGUGUCAGCUUGUAUCGCUAACAACGCAAACCUGGCUUCAGUUUUGGCCCGCUAUACUAUCGUGGAUCAUCUCGUUUCCCUCCUGGCGAGCCCGCACCUCAACUGCGAGGACAGACUGGCGGUGCUCAUCUUACUGGGCCAUUUCACCGAAGCUUCUGAGGAACAUCAGUGCCAACUGUUGCGGUGUGGCGGCUUGCCACUCAUCAUCACGCUGCUCGCUGAAGAUGCAAACGAGGAGGUCAGAAAGUUCGCAACGUUCAUACUGCAGACCUGCAAACAGGCUAUCACGUCCUUGGGAAUCCCUGGUGCAAAGCGAGAAGAUGAGAAGCUUGCCACAGCAGCCACUGAAGAGUUUGGCCCAUUUUCUUUUCCUACACCCUCACAGCUCAACCCCAAGGCUCUUUGUGUCUUGAAAAAUCGCGAUUCCUCCAAUGUAGUCGACUCAAAGGAGGAAAAUGAAAAAGAAGCAGGAGGAAGACAUGACAAGAAUACAAAGUCAUAUGCUGAGAAAGAGACGGGUAAAACCGACAGAGGGACUGUGCCAUGUUCAUUGUGUCACGGUACUGGAUCGCUGAUACAGUCCCAUCUACAGCAACUAGAGGGAGGCCAAGAUGCAUCUACAGUAGACAGUCCCCCAAAGAACUCUCCAGAGCAAGACCACCAAGUACGAGGGGCGAUUAAAUGCAGUGAUGGAGAAAAGUUGCAGGACAGUGACAUGUUUGUGGAGAAAAGGCACGAGGAAGAAUCCGGCUACAAUGAAAGAUGUGCAGGUUGCGUGUUGCCUUUUGAGAGAGUGACCAGUCGCACUUUUGCCUCUGUCCUGGACGUCUGCCAUCAGAAGUGCGAAAUGCACAAGGUCCUUCUGGAGGCGACAGCGCGCUUCAACGCCCCCCAACGCCGCUCUCUGGUGGAGGGAGAGCUGGAAAUGCUGGAACCGGCCCAGCUGAAACCAGAGAAGGAGUCUGUUGGGGCGCCACAGAGAACGCUCGCAAGCUGGAGGCUUCCGUGUUUGGAUUUAAAAAAUGUCAUCCUGAUUCCCACCUAUAAUGGAUCAAAGCAAAAGGUGCCUGAAAGGAUUUGGAACUGUCAAAAUGGUCUUCAAUCUCCACUGACAGACAUCAACUUGGUCCCGAUGAAAAGAGGAGCUCAAACACCAAAGUUCCCUUUUCACAACAUGUCCGACAAGUAAAGCCACAGGAUGCUGACCGUGUGUGUGAGAGACUCUGGACCAAAACUCCGUACCCCUUCAUCAGACUCACCAUAAACUGUUUUGGCUACAGAGCCUUCAGUUUGACACUGUAGUUUAUCUUCAAAUUUGUUCUCGUCUGCUGGGUAAUGAAUGACUUGUUCUACUGCACAUGCAAGCUAUUUCUGCUGCACUUUUACAGGUGUGUGGUCAUUGUUUAUAAUUGUUCAUAUCGUUAGUAAUUUGUUGUCAUUUCUGAAUUAAAACAUAUGGAUAAGCCCCGUUUCUGAUCGUA